GUAAGAGAUGAGUUAAGCGCAGGCGGUGCAGUAGCCGAGCGGAUACUUGACCCCGCGCCAUCACCGCAACAGCGCGCCUGCCCAGCGUAGGUUGAUGCUGCGCAAAACGUACCAUACAUCUCCAAGACCUCCAUGUUCCCCCUCCACUAGACUGUCUUUGACGAGCUCUUCAUGUCCUACUUCUCGCGGUACAGAGAGUACACGCCUCUCUGGUCAGACACGUCAAAACCGACCCCGCGCCGGUAUAUUUUCAUAGCGCUUGCGCUUCUCGCGGGCUCCGCGGUUCUCAAUGUCGUAUUGUACAACAAGCUUUCGCACAGGUGGCAAGUGCCGCUCGAUAAUUAUCAGGAAAUAAAUGUACAACCAAUCUUAGACUCAAGAGUCACCGACUCGUUGAGCCAACCUAAUCCCAAGGAGAACGUCAUUGUCACGAGCCUGUACACCGACUCCUACGCCACCGCAAUCGCUACGCUCGGCCAUUCCCUCAACAGAGUAAACAGCACGGCGGGCCGCCUUCUAUUCUAUCUCCCCGAGAAGAUAUCCCCCCGCGCACUCUGCAUAGCCACCACGACCGGCUUCAUCCCACACCCCAUCUCGCGCAUCCCGCCACCGCGCGGCGGAAAGGGCGUCUUUUGGAAGUUCAUGGACCAGUACUCCAAACUCAACAUCUGGACGCUCUCCGACUCGGGCGUCAAGGCCGCCGUCUACCUCGACGCGGACACGCUCGUGCUCCGCAACUUCGAUGAGCUCUUCAGCCUCCCGUACAACUUCGCGGCCGUCCCGGACGUCUACGUCGACGGCCAGGGCUGGUCGCUCAGCUUCAACGCGGGCGUGCUCUACCUCCGGCCCUCGCGCGACGUCUUCGAGGACAUGCUCGCGAAGAUCGCCACCGCGUCGUACAACAUGCACGAGGCGGAGCAGUCCUUCCUCAACCACUACUACGGCGCGGAGGCGGUGCGCCUGCCCUACGCGUACAACGCGAACCUCGCGAUCAAGAGCCGCAAGCCGGAGGUGUGGGCGGACGUCAAGCGCGAGGCGCGCAUCGUGCACUACACGCUCGUGAAGCCGUUCCUCGCGGAGGAGGACAACUCGGGCAAGGCCGUCGUCGAGAUGCGCAAGAUCGAGGCGAACGCGCAGAACAAGAUGGGCCAGUACGGCGGGCUGUUCAGGGAGGAGAUGCAGGAAUGGGUCGACGUGUGGCGGGACACCCGGCAGACGUUUGCGGAUGCGUUUCUGGAGUGCAGCAGCCACAGUGCAACGCCUCCGAGCCCCGAACCGUCGUGAAACCACCGUGUCUGUCAUGUCCGAUCCGUCUGUUUGACCUUAGCCUACUCUGUUGAUCUCACACCGCAUCCGUCGUUAUUCAGAGCUUGAUGUACAGUAGAGCAACUAUCUUAUUUGAUCUCGCGCUUUAUGAUUUGCUCCCGGUCCUUC